AUGCCCUUUCGCGUUACUAAGCCUCGAGGGGUGGCGACGAAGGUCAAUUGUAGUGCCUGGCACUACAACUUCCUUCCUGCUAACGAACAGAAACCGCUUGCCGGUUUUUUAGGUUCCGGCCCUUCUCUUCUCCUCAUUCUCUCCGUUCCUCACGCUUCACAACAAUCUCGGAACGUCCCACACCUGGCAGAGUCUUGGAUUGUAAGGUGCUCCUGCACCCCUUCCCCCCCUUCCCAGGACGAGAACGGGCGGGCGAACGCGUAUAAAGAGGAAGGGCGAGAGCAGCGGAAAGGGAAGAAGAAGAAGAAGAAGAAGAAGAAGAAGAAGAAGAAGAAGAAGAAGAAGAAGAAGAAGAAGAAGAAGAAGAAGAAGAAGAACGUCGUCAGGAUGGAUGGCGUUUGCGCUGGCGGCGCGGCCACGCCCGAAGUAAGGCGGGACACCCUGCCAAAUGAUGUGCGGGUUCCCAUGUGGCCCUUUCCUCGGGAACACCCCGCCACUUAA